UCUUCUUUUUUUUUUAACCUGACUGGACAAAAUUUUUAUUAUACCAGUGAGAUUUCCAAGUUAUUUUGUACCUUGAAGAGUUUAAGGAUUCCUGGCAACGCUUYUCCUGAGGGAAGCCAUGCCUUACCACCGAGUCCUUCACCUGGUCGUGCUAGCAGUGUGCAGCAUCCUGGUCCCUGCUGUGCUGGCAGCAGAGUACCCGCAGGGCCCGGUCCCCACCCUCUGGAACGAGCCGCCCGAGCUGCCCUCCGGAGCCGGCCCCUUCGACGCUGCUGCCACCACCCCCCGGCUGUCGGACGCCACUGCCUUCCUCCCGUACACCUCCGAGCUGGAGCCCGAGGACACCACCCACCUGCACCGGCUGGAGGCCGGGGACAGCUCACUGGGGCCUGGAGCUAUCGGUGCCAUUGUCAUCGCCUCCCUCCUAGGUACGUCUGUGCUUGUGGCCUUGGUCGUCAUCACCCUGAGAAAGUUCUCAGCCUCCUGAAUUUAAUAAAAGAUUUUUCUGUUA